GGCACUUGCACGCGGCAGAGGGCGGCAGUGUUUCGCCGCAGGCGUUUUCUAUAAAUCCUCUCGGAGCUUCUCCGGAGUUGGCAAAGAUGCUUGUGUGGACGACGGGGCAGGUCGAUCCCACGUUGCACCGAUAUCCGAUUUGACUGGCACCAAGGACCUCCGAACCCGAGUCAUCAUUUUCGAUUCUUGAGCUCGGGUUUCCUCUGAUCUAGCAGCCCUGUUGUUGUCUUCCAUUGGCUUAGACGUGGCUAUGCCCUCGAAUGCCUGUUUCCAAUACGCCACUAACGAAUCCACAGCAUACUGUCCGAAGUUGCCGUGCAGCAGAAUCACAGAAGUCACCCUCAUAAUGGGUUCCAUCAUCUGGCUCCGGCGCACAAGCUGCUGCACGAACGCGUUUGGGUUUGAUUCGGCCUUCUUGAACAUUUCACAUACAGUCUUUGUUUGCGACAAGAACGCGUUGAUCUUGAUGGGGUCAUCCCAAAGAGACCGUGCCAAAAUCAAUGGGUAAGCAGUUGCAUAGUAAGUUUGGGUAGUUGCGCGAGCUCUCAGCAUGCCAAAGGUGAGCGUCCAGAUCUCGUUGGCUGCGAUGUCCUGGGAGAGGAUGCGUUCUUCUGGCACUGUGGUUCCAGGGAGCUUGCUCGGGGGAUGCAUGUCGAGCCCCAUCCACUCGAGCUUCUCUGGACAGAAGAGACAAUCGAUCAACGCGUGAAGCUCACCCACGUGGCCCCACGUGGCGGCAUCUAGAAAAAACUUACGGCUACCAGCCUUAGUUCUCAGAUCCUGCAUCCAGUGGCCAUGCUGGGUGCUCAACGGCUCCGACACGAUGCCGAUUAUCCGGCUUGCCUCUUUCAAAUCGGGGCUCGCGGCCAGCUCCAAACAUACGUCGUCAACUAUUGAUUUUUACACCGCUCGUAGAUGGCACCCAUAUUUUCCGAAGAAGUCUUGAUCGGGCAAGCCGCCGUUUUCUCGGAGUCCCCCUCGCCCCCCAGAGGCGGUUCGACGUCUUGUUGCGCCUUCGCCUCCUUCACCUUUGUGGUCUUCCAAACUUGCCACGCCUUCGAAACAGCGCCCGUGGUCAAGCCCCAGUGCAACAACAACAAAAGUGUCUCAGACCAACCUUUACGUCGUUGUUUCUCACCUUUCGGAUAUGAGAGCCAGCGCGCCAAAGCGAUGGUCUCUCCCUGCCUCUGCACAAUAUCGAGAAAAGGGAGGUCCUUGAUGAAUUGUUUCCUCGCCUCCACGUUUGUCUCGGACUCUGUCCGCCAACCGCGCUCGAAACAAAUGUCGGGCCACAAGGCCACAAGACUGGCGUCGUUUUCUUCCAACAGUUCCUUCGCCUCCAGAAACCAAUAUGGUUUCUUGUAUGUUGGUAAGCCAACGCCCUGCGGACUUGCAAGGGCCAGACGUAAAAUUGAAUAGCGUCGUAGUUGCGUACACAGCCGUAUUCAGUUUAGCCCAAGAUAUCCCGGACUUCCAAUCAUUGUGUAUACGAUGGGCUGCAGGGUCCCACAGAGUGACGAGGUUAAUCAUCUUGCUAUACUUUAAAAAAUGGCUGCCCGUCACUUGCCAAGGCGCCUGAUCCAGCACAGCAGAAAGUAUUGGGGCUGUCCUUGCAAGGGACUGGAAGCACAUCGAUUUAUCAUCCAUCAGAGCUUUAACCUGGUCCAAAUCGACCUGGAAUGAAGAUAAACGCCUCCUCAAGCUGUGCCUCAUGGCGUUGUCCGUCUCCCGAAUCCAAAGGAGCGUUGCCAUUCUUGGCGUCUCCACGUAUGAUCGUCUCUGACGUUUUUUAGCUGGCUCGUUCGCCCCCUCCCAGAAAGUUUCCAUGGCCUUGCUGUAGUGCUCCCUCUCAGCAAUGGUGGGGGUGCUGCCGGGCUCCGUUGUCCUCGUCUUCUUCUCACGCUUAACCUAUUGGGCGCCCACACGCGAUUGUCGCCGGACGGGUCCCAGAACAUGCGCAUUCAAUAAGUUGUCUCCUCACCUGCGAGCCACACCCCGUCGGUCUGCAUGCAAAGGGACCCGCGGUUCGGCAUGAAGGACCACCCAUUGGACAUGUAACCAAAGAAAACAUCCCAGUCCCACCGCGUGGCCUGGGAGACGGUCUCACGCCCUUUCCCUUUGCGACCCCAGAUCUUCAUUCCAGCAAGUGCUGCUUUGGCUGUCUUCAGGGCUGGAUGUUGCUUCAUUUUCUUUAAAAGCUCUAGUUUGUAGAGUCUGGUUGUCUUGCGGUUCUUCCCUGUCGGCGUGGUUAUGGCUGGCAACUCCAAUAUCUUUUCAGUCGGCCAAUUGUCUCCGUCCACCCUUGAACACUCCAUGACGCAUGCGAGGCUGGAAAUGAUGUCUUUGGCAAGGCUGAUCUUGGCAUCACUCGACGGGUCCUUCCCGAUAGGGUUCCCCAGGAAACGCAACAGAUACACAAGCGGCGCCUUGUUAUGAUCGUCGGUUGGAGUGCGUCUGAAAAACUGCGCGGCCAACCCGUGGCCGAGAAGGAUCGUCAAGGCCCCCGCAUCCACGCCGCCGCCUGCCACCACGAUCCGUCGAGGUGGAAUAGCGGCCUCCCCAAUCGCAGCCUCUGGUCCGUAGGUGAAAAAAGCGCCGUCGUGCGCGAGAUACCUGUCAAAGAACGUUUCCAUGAUAAGUCUGGAGUUCUCGGCCUCCUGUGGCUCGCUCUUCCCCUUGCUGACCAAUGACUUUACGAGAAACCAAAGCAUGAGAGUCGUGGAAAGCUUGGUGUCGUCGCUGCUUUGAGUGAGGUCGAGAGCCCUCACCUUGCCCUCACCACCACAUCGUAUGUCAUUCCUCGCAGAAGCUAACAAUGAACGGGUGCUCGGCAUGCAGCUCGAUGCAUCGAGGCCGAGCUGCAACGCGAUCCUCUUGCAUGCUUCGACUCUUUUUUUCAAUAAUGGCCAACUGUACCUCCCCAGCAUUGCCAGGACCAGGCAGGGCAGAGACCAAAACAUGAAACAACCAGCGACUGGCAGAGUGUAGAGCCAAACCUGAAUGUGGAUGGUCUUGUUUGUGCCUCUGGUAUGUUCAAAACCUGAUGACGAAGACUCCUCGGAAAGUUUUUUGCACCACACGGCGGCGCCAUCUUCUUUCUUCACGAAAGGUUUGCCUGAGUCGGUUUUGUGAUAGGUCCGAGUGAAAAUAUUAUUUGCCCACACAACGAAAGAAACACCGUCGGAUGCCAUCUCGCCCACUCGGUCGUUCCUACGGUGCGGCAGCGUCAAGUAAGCGAAACCAUCACCUGAGAAGGCAAGUGCACAAUCUGGGCCCAUGUCGUCAGGUAGCCUGACGAUCUCACCAGUCCCCGUGUGCUCCAAGCAUUGCCCGGAAGCGCCGCCGACAGUCAGGCGAACGAGGCCCACGUGAGAGACCUCCAUGCUAAGAGGUCCGAGCGGGGGGGGGAUGGCGCAGGCUGCUCUCAGCGUCACUUGA